UCGGCUAAAUAUAUGGACGGCUGCACGGUCGCUUUGGUGGCAUGGGCUGUUGAGCAUGCGAACAGCCUUGUUGGAAGCCAACGACCCACCUUCAUGUAUCCACGUCUCCUGCGUUGGAGCAAUGUCUCAUUUCCUCGCAAGGUGGACGUGAUUUCUGAAAUCAUGAAGAACUUAAAACGAUAUCAGGUGAUCGAGAAGCUAGAGCCUAGAGAGGAGGAGUUGCACAUUCUCUCGCGAGGAAGGCCACGAGACGUUGCUUCCAUAGAGAUGCGAAGAGAUGAUGCAUUGGUAAAGGGUUUACAAAACAUUUUCAAUGUUUGUACAGAAAUCUUACAAUCAUUCUAGACUUUCGCACGUAUCUUUCAA